AUGUUUGGAGCCUCUGCUAAGCCUGCUUCGAGCUCUUUCAGCUUCGGCUCGUCCCAGCCUUCCUCUGGCUUUGGCGCCUCAGGCAACUCAGGUUCUGGUGGUCUCUUUGGACAGCAACAGAAGCCACAGACAUCCAACCUUUUUGGUGGUGGACAACAGAAUACCUCUUCAGGCGGCCUUUUUGGCGGUCAGAAUAAUACUUCUAAUACUGGUUCAACUGGGUUUGGUGCCUCCAACACCGGUUCAGGAGGUGGUGGUCUUUUUGGCCAGAAUAACCAAUCUUCAGGACUAGGAAACACUUCAGGUAACACUGGAGGUGGCCUUUUUGGUCUGAAACCUGCUGGUUCAAGUCAAGGGUUUGGCGGUAGCAGUUCGGGUGGUGGCUUGUUUGGCCAGAAACCAGCUGGAACUGGAACGACCGGUGGAGGACUCUUUGGUGGUUCAGGUCAGCAAGGCCAGCAGCAACAACAACAAGGUCAGCAACAACAAAGCGGAGGCUUGUUUGGAUCGAGUAAUAAUACCGCUAACCAGAGCUCUGGAGGUUUAUUUGGCCUGAAACCAGCUGCUCCAUCUGGCGGUCUUUUUGGCUCCAGUAACCAAGCAUCUACAGCUCAGAAACCACUCUUUGGCGGCUCUAAUACAUCUACUGGUGGAGGCCUUUUUGGUCAGUCAUCUAACACAAAUACUACUUCAGGCGGUGGACUCUUUGGAGGCUCUUCAAAUACCGGAGGUGGUGGCCUUUUUGGCGGUUCCUCGAAUACUAAUACUGGAGGUGGUCUUUUUGGUGGCCAACAGCAGCAGCAACAACAACCCCAGCAACAGCAGCAAAACGCACAGGCCACACAAUUGACUGCCAUGACAAGAUUUGGUGAUCUUCCGCCAGAAAUCAAGAAAGAAUUACAAGAAUUCGACCAGUACAUCAGUACUCAACACCUCAUAGCGACCACGCUCAACACUGACCUUCCCAAGCAUAACCAACUCGUCAAGUCCAUUGAUUCUGAUGUGGGCUAUUUGCAUAACAAGAUCUCUACAAUCAAGCAAGCCUUGAAAGGCGACAGCAAUCAGUUGAAGGCAUUGAAGACUGUGAACGAUGAACUAACAGAGGAUAUCGGCAACAUCAUGCAACUAAUAAUUCAGCUCUCGACGCCAGGUACUAAGCUUUCUUCUUCGUUCCAGUUGAAUGAGUUCUUUGUGAAGAAGAUCAAGCACUACAGAGAUGUUAUGACCAGUUACGAAAAUGUUAUUAAGGAAGGUGAAGACGCUGUACGUGGAUUACAGCUCUCAUGCAACGACACCAUGGGCAGCAUCUACGAUGUCGUUGAGGUUGUGAAGAGUCAGUACAAUGUCUUCAUGGAGCUCUGCGAGACUCUAGCACAAGUCCACAGCGAAGUCAACCACUUGAAGCGCUAG